AUGUCACAGUCCAGACUGAGGACGUCAUCACUGACUGCUUCGAGCACAAGUCUGCUUCCAAUGAUUUCAUCACACGGAUUAACAUCAGCAUUUCCAAGUCAGCGGCAGACCACGGUUGAGAGCACUAGUCAACCUCCACCCACCCUCGCUCCUUCUGAGUGUCGCCCUGGAGACUGUGAGAAUAAUGGAACUUGCAUUGUGCCAGGCUAUUACUGCAGAUGUCUUAAGUAUUAUGUGUGGCACCGCUGUUCCGUCUACGUUGGUAAGUGUGUUAGCAACGACCAAGAGAGAAUAAACAGACAGACAGGGAAACGCCUUGUCUAGCCCUUGGGAUAUGUGAAUUUCGCAAAAGUUAUUUUUAGACCCGUUAGACGCUAGAAAUUAAACGCAAGUUCGUUUUAUUCAGUGUUGAAAAAAAAUUCAACGGUUGACAUUUCAAUAUUUUGCAUUGUUUGAUGAGGCAGACGUGCUUUGACUUAAUGGCGUUUCAAACAAUCGAUAAAAAUGUGCAUACGUCUCCGGAAUUACACACUCGUUUAAUUACAACCUCUAAAAAUAACUUUACUAAAAUUCCCAUAUCCCGGCUAACGCCCUAAGAUUCCCUCUCUGUCCCAUUAUUUACUCUUGCAAUGACGAAUAAUAACAAUUUUAGUUCUACUUACAGAAAAAUUCGUUGUUAAGUUGUCCCACUUUAGUCUUUUUCUAUGAAACUUACGUCCAGAAAUUCAAGAAACCUCGGAAUGUGGGAGCAUCAUAUUAGACACAGACAUUUCUUGUACACAGAAUAGGCGAUUCAGUUCCGAGUUUCAAAAACUCUCCCUCCUUUCACAACGAGGCUAAGCGUUAAACCUUUCUGGUAAAAGUGAGUUUAUUUGCAUGAGAAUUAAAAAUCAUUUUCAUUUCAGUAGCUUCGCACUUAGCCUCCCAUUGAAACAGAUCGUUAGGGUAACUCGGAGACCUAUUGCUUGCCUUUAAGUAAGGAUAAGGGUUAGGAGACACUUCGUGAUUUCUAUCAUACAGAGCAUGAAUCACAUUAAGAUGUUAUUGAUACUUCUAUAAAUAGUAAGGUCUCUUUAACUUUUCAAACAAUCCAACGCAUAAAUAUUUAUUGUCCAUGGGAGGCAGCGUGGCCGAGUGGUCAGCGCGUCGGACUCGCAAUCCGGCGGUCCCGGGUUCGAGUCCCGCUCUGGCGUGAACGACCUAAACACGAGCCAGCAGGGCUCAAGUUUAAGAGCCGGUACGAACAUUUAUCGCAACUGGUUGCCUUCUGCCAGUUGGGGUUUUUAAUCCUGUUAUGUUGUAUUUGAAUUAUUUGUUUCUAAUUAUUUAUUUCUAAAUAUUCGAGUGGAGUGCCUGUAAAUUAGCUGACUAGCUAAGUGCACCUUCCACUAUAAACAUGCCUUUAACCUUUUUUUUAACCUUCCAGAGACAGUAUAGUUAAUUUGAGUUGCAAUAAUACUAAACCGUUUUCUAUCUUUACCGCUUUUUAAUAACGUUUGUUUUUUUGUUUGUUUCUUUUGCAAUUUAGGGGCAAAAGCUGUGGAAAUAGAGUUAUCUUUUCAGAUAGAGGUACCGUUGGGCUAAACAAAAUAUCCGUUAGAAUCGUUAAAAUAAAAAAAAUUAACAGCGAUCCAAACUGAAAUAUCUUUUUAUUGCGUUUGAGGCCUUGGGUUUGAAAGGACAGUGUAAGGCGAUCAUUUGUCUCGCAAAAUAGUCUGUUCAACGUCUUAUCUUUUCCCUCGUUCCCUACAUUUCUUUCAUUUUUGUUUAUUCAUUUUUUAUUAUAAUAAGUGCUUUAGUAGCACAACUCGUGGCACUUUUUUCACGACGUCAGUUUGAAUUUUUUAAAAUAUUUUUAAACAGAAAAUUUAAGUGUUGAAAAAUCCGUUGUGCAUUACCCCAUGCUGGUGAAUCUCCUAAAGCGUACUAUUGAGCUCAAGACCAUUUUUUGUCGUUCAAUCUUUAAAUUGAACAUUAUGAAUACUGAGUGUAAACUGGCGUGUAAUUGUAAUGGCUUUAUUCCGCUCAAGAACAAAAUCAUUAUUAAGUACAUUAACACAAGCGUAUCUAUAUUCUUUGCUUACAGAGUGGCCCGAUUGAUUCAUUAUUAAAAAUAGCCCUUGCAGAAGCCUGCACUAAAUACUUCUGUGAAAACGGCCAAUGUAAAAGGUAAUACAUCGAAAUUUAAAGUUGCUUAAAUGAGGUUAAAUGAGGUUAUCGUUAUUUGUCAGAACAGUCGACAAAGUUUCUUGCUUUAUUGAUUUAGAAUUGUUAUAAAUUAUUUGAACCCAGGAAUCAUUUCUUAAGUACCUUGGAUAUGAUCGUCUGGAUUAAUGUGAUCCUGAAUAUUUUAUUUAUUCAUUUAUUUGUUUUUUUAUGUACAAUAAUGACAUCAAAGUACAAGAAUAUAGAACAACACACUAAAAGAUAACGAAGAAAAGUAACAAAUAAAUGGAAAAUAUUUACAUCACAACACUUAUACUAAUUUUUACAAAAAAAUGAUUCCAAUUUAUAUAAAUACAUCAUUAGCCUAAUUACACGUGAUAAGGCUAUAAGAGUUAAACUUUCUAUUUUCCGUUGUAUUUUUAAAUUAUUUGUAAAUUGCGUACAGGUAAUGAGCAUCUUAUUAAUUUUCAAACUAUAUACAUACUUUUUAAUGAACAGGAGGAGUAGAUCUAGUCGGCGUCUGAGAUUAUCAUUGACAGGACCAGGGAUACUUUUCUGCAACAGAAUUUGCUCUGGGGAAAGAUUUAUGGAAGUAUUAUGGGACACAUUAAACCAUGAUAAGAUUUUAUGAUAAAACUUAACAUUUGUAGGACAUAUAGUAAGAAGGUAAAUUCCAGUGAAUCAGGAUUCUUACCCUGAGCACAAAGGUCAUCAUUUCUGAUUUUGAAUUUCUUGAGUUAUUUGUUGAUUGCUGUCUUUCGUCGAUUUAUAAACAGUACUGAUUGUCUGUUCCCAGGAUAGAGGCUAGACCAGCGUUUAACAGCAGUAGGCUCUGUUGUUUUACAUUCCUGAAAAAAGUUGUAAUAAUCUUUACCUCUCAAUUUACUAAAGGAGAGCCGGUCUAUUGUCUAUUAUUUGAAAUAUUCAUGUUGAUUACUCGUUUCUUUUGAUGGAAUUAGAAGUCCUUGAAAGAGUCUUUCACUGAAACACAUGCCACAGAAACGAAUACAGCGAGGCAAUUACCGUAAAAUUCCGAAAAUAAGCCCCUCCAUGUAUAAGCCCCUCCAAAUAUAAGCCCCCAAUAUCGUAACGCAAAAACCCUCCGUUAAAUCGCCCCUGCGAAUAUAAGCCCCCCCCGGAGGGGGUUGUACUUGGAAUUUGCUUGAAAGAGUCUUUCAUUAAAACACAUGCCUCAGAAACGAAUACAGCGAGGCAAUUACCGUAAAAUUCCGAUAUUAAACCCCUCCAUGUAUAAGCCCCUCCAAAUAUAAGUCUCCUAAAAUCGUAACGCAAAAACCCUCCGUUAAGUCGCCCCUCCGAAUAUAAGCCCCCCGGGGGGCUUAUAUUUGGAAUUUGCCCUCGAAUACAAAGUAAAACAAAGCAAAAACCGUAAAUUUCCUUGCUACUACAAGCUAGCCCAAUCGACUUUGAAACGCAAAUUUCCCUCCGUACAUAAGCCCCUCCGAAUAUAGGCCCCCCCCAAAAUACGCCCCUCAAAAAGGGCCUUUGAAAAAUAUAAGCCCCGGGGCUUAUUUUCGGAAUUUUACGGCAUAUUACAUCUAUAGCUACUAACUUUGCAUUGAAAAGAGAACAGUCAAGAAUUAAGGUAAAGUAAUGAAAUUUCGGCUCGGAAAAAUCGGCUGUCUCGCGUGUAUCCUGUAAGAACUCUUUUAAAUAUGACCAUGCGUUCCAGAUUCGAAUUUGAAUUUGGAAGUGUUGGUUUUUGAGGAGAGGGGAAAACUGGAGUACCCGGAGAAAAACCUCUCGGAGCAGGGGAGAGAACCAACGACAAACUUAAGCCAAAUGUGGCGUCGAUACGGGUGUUUGAAACCAGGGCACAUUGGUGUGGGAGACCGAGUGUUCUGACCACUGCACCACCCCUAAUUGUUUCCCUUGCGCAGAGGGCGCUUUUAUAUGUACGAGAUGGGUGUAAAAUGUGUCAAAAGGGAUCCUUUAAUCUUUAAACAGUUGCCUAUUGAUCCGACCUUCCAGUUAUUCAUUUGUAUCUUAAGGUUGUUGGCUAGAAAAUACCGAGAAAAACAGCAAGUAAUAACCUAGAUUUUAAGACUCCUCGUUACUAAAACCUUUUUAGUCUAAAAUUUGAAAAAUCUCCUUUUUGGCUAAAUUAUCAGUUCCUUUUUACAUUAAUAUGUGCGCCACAUUUGGGAUCAGUACUUCUAAUUUUCUUAUUUUAGUCAUUUUGCUUUAAAGCUUCUUUUGUAUGCAUAUUUUGUAAAAUGAAUAGACUGAAUGGCACUACAUUCAAUUGGCUACAAAUGAUGUAUUUAAGGGUCUGAAUAGCUGUAAUUUCUGCUAAUCACCAUUACAUAAGAAUCUGAUCAUGUAGAUUCUUACUUCUGUAAAAACGGCGAAUGUAAAAGGUAAUACAUUGAGCUUUAAGGGUGCUUAAAAUAAGGUUAUCAUUAUUUGUCAGAACAGUUGAGGACACUUAUGUUUCUUACUUCAUUUAUUCUAGGAAUGUUAUAAAUCAUUUCAACCCGGAGAUCAUUUCAUAAGUAGCUUGGAUACGACUGUUUAUUUGGAUUAGUGCGGUCCUAAUUAUAGUUUUUGGUUGAGUGGAAAUACAGUGAAAACCCGCACUAAGAAUCUAGGACUUUCCCAAGUUAACCUGACCAGAUUCUUGUGUGAUGGUGAUUAGCAGAGAUUCAGUGAGGCUAUAUAGACCCUAAAAUACAUCAUUUGCAGCUAAUAGAAUUUUGUAGCAUGCAGCCUUAUAUUCCUUUUAAAAAAUCUGCAUACAAAAGACGUUUCAAUGCAAAAUGUCUAAAAUAAGAAAAAUAACAGAUCACAAGUGUGGCGUACAUAAUUAUUUUGUAAAAAGGAAAUAAUUUAGCAAAAAAGGAGCCAUUUCAAAGUUAGGCUUAAAAUGUUUUAGUAACGAGGGACAUUAAAAUCUAGCUUAUUACUCGUUGGCUUUUACGGUAUGUUCAACCAAUAACUUUAAGAUAGUGGAUCAAUAACUGAAAGGUCGUAUCAAUAGGCAACUUUUAAAGAGAAAGGGAUCUCUUUUAACACAUUUUACACCCAUCUCGUAAAUAUACAGGGUAUAAUUAAAACGCACUCUGCGCAAGGGGAGCAAGGGUGGUAUAGUGGUCAGAUCACUCCCAGCAAUGUGGCCCGGAUUCAAGCUCUGGCAUCGACGCCACAUGUGGGUUGAGUUUGUCGUUUGUUCUCUCUCUUGUUCUAAGAGCAGUAGCUUUCUCUCCGGGUAAUCUGGGUUUUCCCUCCCCACUUCCAAAUUCCAAUUCGAUCAGGAACUCACAGACAUAUUGAAACGAAAGCAAAAUUCUUCGUGUGUAACUAAAUUGCGAGAAAUUGAAAUGCUUCUGAAGGUGAUGAUGAUGAUGAAGAUGAUAAGCACUUUCAGCAUAUACAAGAGACAGCCAAUUUUUCCGAGCUGAAAUCUCAUUAAUGUACCUUAAUUCUUGAAUGUUCUCUUUUCAAUAUGAAGUUCGUAGAUGUAAUAUACUUGACUCGCCUUUUUCGUUUCUGUAGCGUGUGUUAUAAUGGAAGACAUUUUUAACGACUUCUAUGUCUUUCUAAAGAAAGAAAUAAUCAACAUGAAUAUUUUAAAACAGUUCCUUUUUAUCUUUCUUUCAGGAGAGUAAAGCGUUCCGAAUCACCAAAGUACUUUACGCCCAAUGACAUUCACAUACUGGGAUUCUCUCCUGGGGCACAAAACAGUUGGAAAAUUGAAUUUGCUGUGCUUUUUCCCUCCGUGGACGGACAAACCCCUGAGAUUGCGGAACCUGGUAAACUUGUUGAAAUGGUCAGUGAAUCAAAAGAGAGUAUUGGUAAAGCUCUCGGCGCUACCAUCCAGAGGGUUACAGUGGUGCCGGAAGCACAGUUGGCAACUGAAAAACCAACCGACGGUAAUAAAAUCAAGAAAAAUUUUCAGUAAUAGUUAUUUUAUACCGUAAAUGCUCGUAUUAUUAGCCGACCUCAAAUAAACGUCCCCCCUUCAAUCCGGCGCCCCCUUUUAAGCUCUCCGACCCCACAAACACACCACCCCUCCUUACUGUGUAUAACAAGACGCACGAGUGCGUGAACCCGACCUUCUUUUAGUUCAUAAAAUGAUAGAGCGCCGGGGGAAAAUGUGCACUAUGUAAUAAUGCACUACAACCCAUAUGACUUUGAUGAUGAAUUGAUGAUGAAUAAAUGGAACAUACUACCGGCUAGCAAAUCAGACUGGAAAGUCUCGAACGUUCCAAAGGGGUGUACUUGACAAUGACUGCAUAAUGCUUAAAAACAGUUCAUACGUUUUACAAAACUGCUUCUUCCUUGCACCUUGGUACACGCCAAAACCCAGGCCAUUUUAUAACCCGUCUCUUCAUGAAAGGAAGGCAGGGUAAUUAAUGCAAAAUGCGGAAAGUGAUUUUCAGUGAAUUUACGUAAAACAUUUAGUGCCUAAAGAAUGAUCCAUUAAAGGACAUUACACUGCCGUACACGUGAAAGACGCGAAAGCGAAAGAAACUUGCCGGCAAGCUCAGAUGGAAGAGCGCCCGUCUGCUGAGCGGAAGGUCGCAAAUUCCUAACCCUGGCGGACCAUUAACCGAGAUCUGAAAAUAUCAUGCUAGCUGUGAUUAAAACCAAAUUUGGCACUGGACAAACGAAAUAGAUUUGCACAAAUUUGCUCAUUGCAAAUAUAUGGCAAAAAUGUGCAAACUGAGAACUAAUUUAUAAAUUAGGGGCAAAGAUGGUUGCCAAUGUUGUCUCCUAAUGACAACAACCGCGAGUAAACCCCAAGAAAAACGAUCGGGAAUACGGUACGGUGGUGCGAUUAGUUUCAGAGGCAAAAAUGUUACAACCGUAUCCGACCUUGUUAAUCACUUGUUUCUGUUUCUUGAGAAAAGUUUCCCGGAGAGCAUCAUGUAAAGCUCUUAGAUGCGACAAAGUUAUUAGCAUUCGCAGCAUCUGCAUCGUACAAUAUCGUAUUAUAUUCUCGUUUUAUUUGGCUAAACGGAUCAAUCACCCUGACCCAGGCUGAGACAGAGAGGUACGACAUUGCGCCCUUUUCCAAAGUGAUCACUAAGUCUCUAGCCUUAGGAACAGGCUCUUAGGAGUGAAAUAAAUUAGGUGAGAGCAAAAUUGCAGGUGAACUUUGACCUGGGCCAAUUUUUGUAUGAAAACGGGCUCUAUGUUGGUCUGCCGUCCAUGUGGCCCUACAUCCGGGAACUUGAAUAAGACGAGUGUACGAGAAAAGUCCAGUGGUGUUUAUCUGCCAAUAGGCCGAGUUUUUCCGAGGUAUUCGAUGAUAUUUCGCUUGUGUUAAACGUGAGAGGAUUAUGCGUGGUUGGGGAUAGUCUUAUCAGUGCCGUGAAAGUGUGUGAUUGUUUGAUUUCCAAAUGGUGUUGACAGGUAUGUGAUCGCGUGGUUGAACUGCGGUUUCGCCAAAGUAUUCUGUGCCAGCCACAAAAACGUUUCGUCAAUGUUUAGCUUACCUGAUUGUACCUUGGAAAAGUAACUCUCGACUCAGGAAAUUUGGAUCUAGGUCUAGUUUCAGCGGGCUCUAAAGGCAUUGAACCGUAGGCCGGUUUUUGCAGAUCAGAAGGUGAUAAUUUGUGUACUAUGUUUCAUCUAGUUUGUUGUCUAUUCCAUGCGAAAUCCUGUCGUUUAUUAGUCUGCUACACAGCCGUUUUUAGAGUCGUCACGCAAUGCUCCUCCCCACGUGGGGAGGAGCGUUGGGUGACGACACUAAAAACGGCUGUGUAGCAGACUAGUCGUUUAUCGGACCGCGAAAAAAGUAAUGUUUUGUCACCUAUUUCAGCCUUCUUAAGCCUUAAAGGAGCGGUGUCACGAAAUUCAGCCAAAUUAGGAAAUUAAAAAAUGCCCGUUAAAUUAAGAGAAACAUAAAAAUAACCGGUUAAAACUGUAUAGGAAGGUUAAAAUAACAUAACAGAAACAACAGAUGCCACCGAUGGGCAAAACUGAAGAAGAUUGAAACGGAUAGAAAUUAGGGUUUUUGAAAACUGUUCAGCCUAACAGUUUUUCACAGUUUAUCCCUGCUGCUUGCAACUUCAAAAAUAAUGCUCAGGAGACAUAUUUGUUUGUCUCGGAUCUCUGAUUUUGUCAUUUACAUGUAAUUUCUUUGCUUACUUUAAGUUCCAUAGCGAUUGAGGGCGAGUAAUUNCAGCCAAAUUAGGAAAUUAAAAAAUGCCCGUUAAAUUAAGAGAAACAUAAAAAUAACCGGUUAAAACUGUAUAGGAAGGUUAAAAUAACAUAACAGAAACAACAGAUGCCACCGAUGGGCAAAACUGAAGAAGAUUGAAACGGAUAGAAAUUAGGGUUUUUGAAAACUGUUCAGCCUAACAGUUUUUCACAGUUUAUCCCUGCUGCUUGCAACUUCAAAAAUAAUGCUCAGGAGACAUAUUUGUUUGUCUCGGAUCUCUGAUUUUGUCAUUUACAUGUAAUUUCUUUGCUUACUUUAAGUUCCAUAGCGAUUGAGGGCGAGUAAUUGGCAAAAUUAAACAAAAUGAACUAGACUGCCGUGACACAGCCCCUCUAACAAGGCACUUUUUCGCUGCAGUUCACUCAACUUAACAAUUUCUAGACUAAAAUGACACCGGUUUGAAACUUCACGAAGUCAGAUUACUGAAUAAAUGUUCUAAAAUUUGCCUCAUUUUAAAUUUGGACUCGUUGGAAUGCUUCUUGGGACCAUUAACGUACUGCCCGGCGUCAGAUAAGGGCUUUUAAUUGGCCUUUGAAUGAAUUUUAUUGUUUUAAAUUGCCAAGUAGUAGAAUGAGUUAAGUUGGUAUUUUUGCUAACCCGGUUUUCAAAAAUCCAGGUAUAAUUACAUUUACCAUUUCCUUCCAGAAAUUUUACCAUAACUAAAACUGCAACUCUAAGGAACGCCAAGGAAAGACAAACCGACGAAUCGGAUAGACUACCAGACUGAAUCGGAAAUUGAAUAGACAGGACUGACUGACGAACUGACUGACUACUGACUAACUCAAUAAGAGACUGACUGAAGGACUAACUGACAGACUGACUAACUGAUUGACUGACUAAUUAACUGAAUAAGCGACUGACUGACUGACUAAUUUCUUGAUUGACUGAAUAAUUGACUGAUUUAAUAAAAAGGGAAAUUGAUGAGGCAUAUUGAAAUAAAUGGACUUAAACUCAUUUCAUGCAUUUAAACCUUCAGGAUUCAAUCUCCAUUAUUAUUUGUGCUGUUGUUGAAAAUAAAAUGUUAUUUUAUCUAGAACCAAUUAUGCCGAAGAAACAAAAAUCAGUCGGAGAAUCGUCGUCUAUAGUUCCCAUUGGCGCUGGAGUUGGUGUCGCUGUAGUUGUGGUUGUGAUAUUGCUGGCAUUUGUUAUCUAUCGAAUGAAGAGGUACACCCUAAAUAGAAAAUAGGAAUUGAAAUGGCUAUUUUUAAUCUAAGAUAUCGAUUCUUAGUAAAAUCCAACUAGUGGUCUUUUAUCAAUGCUUCGUUCUGAUUGGUUGAGCUACUACUAGGCUAUAUCUUAUAGCCCACUAGUAGCGAAAAGCGCCGACUUUGAAAACCAAAACAAUGGCGGCUGAAUCACGUUUUGGUAGCUUAAGUUGUUUUGUCUCAAUAUUUUUGAGUAACUAGUUGGAUUUUACUAAAACAAUUAUUCCUAUUCUCGCCUUCAUGGCCUCUGAGUCAAUAGCCCAUUCGGCCUUCGGGCUCAUGGGCUAUUGACGCAGAGCCCGUUCGAGCUCGAGGAAUAAAUGUUAGUUAUACAAAUUCCAUAGACGAUGCCUUUCCCUUAAAUCUUUAAGGUGACUCGACUGGAUUUUUUGGGGUUGAUACCUCCCAAGUUUGAGCAUUAACUACGUCGGCAUGAGUAAAGACAUGGAAUAAAAGGUUACCACAACUGUAUUAUAUAAAGAUGAAAAUUUCUUAUGAUCUGGGUUUUAUUGCAAUCGGAGAUGCCAUCGCAACGUAAUGACGCCAUUACGUUUUUCAUUUAUCUUUGUGUUUCUCUGUACCAGGAGUUUUUUGAAGAAAUCGCUUAAGGGAGUAUGUAGCUGCCAUAAUUGCCUCCAAUAUGGCAAAGUUUGAAGAAAUUCUAUGAGAGCGUUUUCGAAAUAUUUUGAAAAGCAGUUUUAAGAAUCAUCAAAGCAGUGAAAUAGCAUGCUAGCCGCACAAUUCGCUAAUAUUUGAAGAAAAUGAUAAGCUUUGGGAACGCAGCUUCAUCUCAUAGUGGUUUGAUUCCAUUGAAAACUGCAUACAAAAAAAGAGGGGAAUUGCUCUGGGUGAUCGCGAGUAAGAAGGAUUUUAUUAACUUGCAUUCAGCUACUUUUGAUACAGUUUUUGGAGGUAAUUUGGUCCAUGCCUAAAAAUUUCGCAUUUUUCCAAAAACCGCUCGAUAAUUUUUUUCAUAAAUUCGGCAAUCUCGAGAUCAAUCGUCAAGAAAUGUUUCCUGCAAGUUUUAAGAACAUUGAAAACGGGGAAGGCUUUUAAAUAGGGCCUCUAAUAUAGCCAACUUCCCCCCCAGAUUUUGUGUUUACAAGCCGGCGUCCUCACUAUUCACUGGCAUUGUUUUCAGGUAUCCCCCUAAGAAAAUCCAGUCGAGCCACCUUAAUUCAUUUCAAUUCAAGUGCUUUUUUCUGAAUUCAGUGAAUGAGACGAUAAGUACCAUCUAUGUAAGAGGAACUACCGAAGAAAAGGAAGAAGAGACUUCAUUGCCGUUUUCCAUCACAGAUACAGAUAUAACGUGCAAAAGAAAUGACGCGAUACAGUGGCGGAUCCAGGGGAGGGGGCCGGGCUCCCCCCUUAAUUUUGGACCAAACUGAGGCCUGAAGGGCUGAAAAAAAAAAAUUAAGACCCCCUCCCCCCCAUCCCUUAUCUCAGGGUCUGGAUGACCGGGCUCCCCCUUUAUCUGAAGGUCUGGAUCCGCCGCUGCUGAUAUACAUGUAAAUGAAAUUAUGCUUGGUGGGGGCCGCUUGGUGGUGGGGAAGCCUGGACUAGAGACCGGAGCUUAGAUAGUCCUCUCCGCGAUUGCCUAUGAAUUAACAUAAAUUAAUACCAUACAUGUCAUACAUGGCGAGGAAAGAAAUGAGACGACUUUUUGAACUAAAAUGCCACGAAACCGAAAAAUAAUCGCAAUUUGUUACAAGUUUAACUCAUACUGAACUUAAGUGAAACAGGAAAGACGAGAACACUAUUUGUGCUAUUUGCAAUAUCUCAUAGANAUUUUUUUUUAUUUUAAAGACCCUUAGUAAAUAAACUUUCAAAGUUAUCCUUCUGUUAACCCCAGCCAGACAGGGGGGGCUUUUUACUUCCCCCCCCCCCCCGCCCGCCUUAAGUUGAGACCAAAUUUCUAUCACGAUUACCUCAAUCUACACAGUUUUGAAGUAAAAUAGAAUACAUCUAAUUAAUUCAAAAUGGCAAAUCUAAGAUGGCAGAUUGUUCCAGUUCCUUCCCCAAUAAUAAAUGGCGCGAUAAUGCCAAAAAAAAUUAUAAAUGUGUUAGCCAACUUUAUGUACACCUUCCUAUUUAUCGCUUUAUGGCUACUUUAUAUGGGGAAAAAUUGAUAAAAUUCGGGUUCUAAUAAAUUCAAUAAUAUGACGUCAUGAUGACGUCAAAUAACGUCAUUGUGUCAUCAGGUUAUACCUAGGUGUUGAAAAUAAUAAGUACCGGUACAUUAUUCUGAGUAAUUUUGGUGACCGUAUCAUGGGCAGUUUUAAAGUUGUAGGGGGGCCUCCGAAGCUCCCCCGGUCGCAGGAAGCAGAAAAAAAGAGCACGGUCUGAAUAGGGUGAGCGCAAGCAUAAGUUUAAGUUCUUUAAAAUGCUUUUACAUUUUGCUUGGUUUUAUAUCUUCCCUACUGAUAGUCUUUUGAGUCAGACUAAUUCAAAACAUCUUAGAUAUGAAAGGAUGCAUGAUCGCCGCCCCUUCCGACCUUAUUUUGCCCAUAACACAUAGGGGAUUAGCUUAACCUUUAUAUUUCUUCAUAGCAGGACGAAAUUUAAUAAAUUAAAGCCCAAUUGGCAUGAACAAUACUAUACUUUCUUUGCCUCACUUACGUAAGUUACAAUAGAAUUGUGAUAAAAGAUUUUUUCCCUGUCAGCAACACAGACAGGAAACUCGGAAAAAAAAUCCCGAGUUCCACCAACAGGAACAAACCUAUGACCUUCUCGUUACUAGCCCGAAGCUGAGGCCAGUCUUCGUGCGUUUUCCAUUUUUUGGAGGGAGGAUAUAUAAUAUCACUUUUUGGGUUUCUCUUAGACAUUCAAGAGUUGUGACAAUGAGAUUUUUCGUGUUAUCUUGCAGGAAUGGAAGAGCAGACAACAGAGUAGCAGCCAGCAAUAAUAUACCGUUGGAAAAUGACUGGACAUACAACGCAGCAAUAUACUCGGAAGUUUCUUUUGACAAUCCAGGCUUUAAUGAAAAUUCUGUAAACGAUUCUCUCUCUCUUUCCGAGGGGAGUGCGAACGAUGGUGCGAUGCGGGAACUCGGCUUCACCGACUUACCAAACGAAAUGAAACUAGGGGAGGGAAGACAUGCCAGUUAUCGACCACUUGAAGUAAAUGCCAGAAGUAAUCCAAUGUUUGGAAUUCCCGACAGCGGAGAUAGCAGAACCGAUGAAUCUGGAGAACGAUAUUGUGUUCUGACUGGAAGUGAAGAGAAAGAAGCAUGUGCAAGCUUACGCAACCAAGGAACCAACCAUUUACAAGAUAAGGAUGAGUAUUUGAAACUAGCAGAACCUCAAUUCAAGGAUUCUCGUAAUUCUCCCAUCUAUGUAGAUAGGGAAUCGCAUGCUUAA